AAUUUUCUGCAUUUGUAUUUGCUUUUUUCCAUCUGCAGAACAGAAAAGGCAAGCCACUGAGAAUUCUCAACUGGGAUGGCCGCCGUCGCGCAGAUUUCUUCCUCUCUCUGCUGCUACUCUUCCGUCCGCGAUGUUUGCGCCGUGAAUGCAGCAAAGAGUGCUUCCUCUGCUCGUUUCCCGCGCAGAGUUGGAACGAUGUUUGCCACUGGUUCUCCUCUCUUAAUUCAGAGACCCUUUUACCGGAGAAACUCGUCGUACAAUCCAAAAUCAGUUUCGAUAAGAUGUGAGCAGAGCAGCAAGCAGGGGAAUGGCUUAGAUGUAUGGCUUGGGCGACUGGCGAUGGUUGGCUUUGCCGCUGCUAUUAGUGUUGAAAUUGCGACAGGCAAGGGACUCCUUGAGAACUUUGGGCUCACAACUCCGUUGCCAACAGUAGCCUUGGCUGUAACAGCAUUGGUGGGAGUUCUUACCGCGGUCUUCAUCUUUCAAUCAGCAUCUGACAAUUAAUCAUGUUAGAAUAUCUUACUGUUUGGUGGCUUGUAAGACCUUUUAUGGUUUCAAAAAUGUUGUCUCCAGUUUUUUCCAUUCAGAUGACCUAAUUUCAGAAAGCAAUCCUGUAUAUUUGUUGGUAUUGUGUUUAUGAUAAUCCAUACAUUGUUCUUUUC